AUCGUUAUUAUCGCAGGCUACAAUCCCUACGAGGUGCUCGACGAACAGAAAGAGGCGAUCCGUCGCUCCGUGGCCGCCGCCUGCCGCAUCCUGGCCAAGCUGGACACCGACAGAAGUUACUACGAGCUACUGAGUUACUACGGCACUUGUGCCGAGGAGCGUCCCAUUGUGCUGGUGGGCCAAGGCGUGACGUACGAUGCUGGAGGAUUGUGCCUGAAAGAGAAACAUGAGCUCUUCCAUAUGCGUGGGGACAUGACCGGGGCCGCCGUUGUGGUGGCCUGUUGUCGAGCUGUGGCUGGCCUGCGUUUACCGGUCAACAUUCGCGGCCUGAUACCUCUUUGUGAAAACGCAAUUCGCUGCAAUUCGGUCCGUCCUGGGGACAUGGUCAAGUCCAUGAACGGCAAGACCAUCGAGAUCCAGUGCACCGAUCACGAGGAUGUACUGGUCCUGGCAGACGCCCUGCUGUAUGCGCAAAACUUCUGUCCCAAGUGCAUCAUUGACGUCGGCACCUGCUCGGGCUACAUGCGCCAGGCCCUGGAUGAGUCGGCUGCGGGGGUCUUUACCAACUCGGAGAUCCUGUGGCAGCAGAUCAAGCACGCCAGCAUGCACACCGGAGAUCGCGUGUGGCGCUUCCCAUUGUGGAAAUAUUACAGCAAGGCCGUGCGUGCCGGGGGACGCAGCGAUGUGCAGAACUACGGCAUUGGCCGAGGUGGACGUCCCUGCAAGGCCGCUGCCUUCCUGCGUGAGUUUGUGCCGUGUGGCCAGUGGAUGCACAUUGAUGCCACGAACGUGAACUCUUGAAGGGCCACGGUACUCGAAUAGAUGUGGCUCUGGAUCUAUGACCAUCACGGUCACCAACGGCAUCGACUUUGAGUACCUUCGCCGUGGCAUGGCUGGCCGUCCGACCCGCACCCUGGUCGAGUUCAUUGCCCAGACCAUCUGCAAGGACACCGCGCCGAAGUUGGGCAAGUAGUAAAGUCUUCCAGAUGUAAUGAAGAUAUGCCAGUCCCAAUAGUCAGUCCCACAAAGCACUCCGCUGCUGUCAUAAAUAUUUUGGCCAGACAAUGUUAAUUGAACAUGUUUACAAAUUUUUAGUAUUUUCAAGGAAUAGGUUUUUGGAAUUAAUGAUGCACUAUCGAAACUUUUAAGUAAUCAUUUAGUCACGGCACUUUGUAACGGCAAUGCAUUAUUGUAAAAUUAAAGCUUAUUUUUCGCUGAAA